CUGUAGUUCUUUGAGGAGCCAUAUGAGGAGAUGACCGUAGUUCUGUCUGCAGGUCCCAGUCGCCUACGCGCUUCUUCGAAAGUGUGCGCGCAUGACGUCACGACAGCAGCACGCCAACCAGUUGUUUUGAGAGAAGAAAGGGGUGUCAGUUGAAGAAGAUCCACUUUCAGUUUAUAUUUCUAACCAUUUUCUGGUCGAUAUUUAGUUCAUUUUGGAUUCAACCAUGUCCACCCCGGCUAGAAGACGGCUUAUGCGGGAUUUUAAGAGACUUCAAGAAGACCCUCCUACGGGAGUAAGCGGGGCGCCUUCAGAGAACAACAUCAUGCUAUGGAACGCGGUUAUUUUCGGGCCUGUGGCGACACCAUUUGAAGACGGAACGUUUAAACUGGUGAUAGAGUUCUCAGAAGAGUACCCUAACAAGCCCCCGACGGUGCGGUUUGUCUCCAGAAUGUUCCACCCAAAUGUUUACGCAGAUGGAAGUAUAUGUCUAGACAUCCUGCAGAAUCGCUGGAGCCCCACCUAUGAUGUGUCAUCUAUACUCACCUCUAUUCAGUCAUUGCUGGAUGAACCCAACCCAAACAGCCCAGCCAACAGCCAGGCCGCCCAGCUGUACCAGGAGAACAAGAGGGAGUAUGAGAAGAGGGUGUCUGCCAUCGUGGAGCAGAGCUGGGUGGACAUUUAAAACACCAGAGGCUUGCAGAUAUCCCCCUUUCCUCUCGCUUCUUCUCUUUCUCUCUGCAUCGAUGCUUCAGCUACUCCUGUGCUCCCAUGUUUCAUUUUGCCUCAUUGGAAUAAAGAAAAUGGCAAAUUAAAAUGACUCUAAGGCCUGUGGUAAAAAACAAGCCGGGAUCCAGAAAUCUACCAAAACUCAUUGGGACACUUUGCUCAGCUACACUUUUAAGGAACAAUGUGUGUGUGUGUGUGUGUGUUUGGGAAAGGGGGGAAUUUAUUUUAUAUUUUUAUUGCAUGAUGUGAAAUAAGUUAUUGCUAACAGAAUUUGUAAUAUAUCUCGUUGGGUUGGUUUGAUACUGUUAGGCUUUAGAUGUUUCUUAAUUUUUGAGCAUUUAUUUUUAAUUUUAGAAUGCAAAAUAAUCAAACGUGACUGUACUUUCUAGGAGGUUGGUUGUCCGAUGAACUGAGGGACUGGUCCACUCUUAACGUAUAGUUAUAAAGACAGUGUUCUUGGUCUCAAAUAAAUACAAUAACUGUAUUUUACACUUAAAAUUGGCAUUACACCUGUUAAUGACUCUUCGCUCAUUUAUCAAGUUUGUUAAACACGAUUUCAUUUAGCUUUCAUCUCCGGAUAAGCUUUUUGAAAUUGAAGUUGGUCAGGCCGCGAUCCUAUUUGAAUAUUAAAUUGUUCCCCCUUUGGAUUAAUAAGUGGUGAAAUGUAGGAGCAAGAUCUAGAUUUGCAGACAAUUACAGAAAAGCUUGACCUUUUCUAAAAGCUGGAUAGUGUGGCUAGUGAUAUUUCAUCUGAAAAGAUAAAUGGAUAUGCUAUAAAAGGUGGAGGAUUUCCUUAUGGAAACUUUAAAUGUAUACUUAUGACAAUAUGCUGUAUAAACAUAAUAAAAUCUCAUUUUUCAGA